AACACAGACAACAGGGCGAGCAAUGUGCAUUACAGUGCUGCCGGUGAAUCUCUUCUCCCGGGUGGACCCUGGGAGCUAAGCAGGAGAAGGGGAGGGAAAGUCCAGUUUCCCAUUGAUCCCCUUAAAUGAGGGCUGGGGUACCACCCCUUCAGGUGUGGAAGGGCAGAGUUUGUUAGCCCCUUUGGUUGGUGAGGACAGCCCCAGGAGGGCCCCAGAGCUGCUUUCUCUUUGCAGAUAGAAGUUAGGCAGCUGAGGGCUCUGCUGAAGAGGUCUAGAGAAAGAUGAGCCCAGAAGAGACCUCAAGGCAGGCCUGGGACCUGGGUACAAGCAGAGUUAGGCUUUGCCUGUGAGUUCGAAUGGGGCCUGAGAUCUCGUGAUCCUGUAAGUUGAGGACACGAGGCCUGGCUCCAAACCAGCCUUUUCAGUCUGCUCUGGCUUGGUUAUUAAUAAAGUGGGCCUGACACCUUGUCCUUUGAGAGGCCAAGUGGCUGGAACAGGGUGUGGGUCCCGUAUCUCCCCUUCUGAGUGGAUUUCCUUGGCUGUGAAAUGGGGGUUCUUUCAACAUGUGAGGAACACCUGCUUUGUGCUAAUAUCUGUCUUAGUUGCUGGGGCUCCUGCCUGCAAGGAGCUUUAAGUCUAGAGUUGGGAGAGUGGAACAGAGAGAAAAGUGUCUUUGGUUGGUGCCACUAAUGCCAGGCACACACAUUUCAUGUUUAAUGGUCAGAGCAGUCUUGCUUCCCAUUCUGCAAAUGGGAAAUCUGAGGCUCAGCCCAAGCCAGAGCCGCAGUACACACUAGAGUGGUAGUUGGGAUAUGCCCAUUCCAUCCUCCACACAGGGUGGACUCCUCAGGAGCCUGGGGGGACAUGGAAAGCUCUCCUGGGAGAUGGUUGGGAGUCAGAAUUAACUAGAUAGAAAGGGAGUGGGCAUUCCAAGCAGGGAGGAGUGUGAAACAGCCCACAGUUAGGCCAGCAGGAGCUAACAGCAUGUGUGGGGGAGCCCUGGCAUAGAUUGGAUGGAAGAGGGCGUGGACUGGAGGGGUUUGACCUUUAUUCUUCAGGCCUUGGGCUGCCCCAAAGACAGGGGAGAGAUGUGUUCUGAUUCUGCUUGAAGAUCCUGUGAGGUAGGAGGUGUGGCCUUUAGGGGCUGCUCUGGCCAGUGGCAGGGGUUAGGUGAAUUCAAGUGCCUUGAGAUGUCACCACCCCUCUUUCCCUCCUCCCCCACCUGUGGUAUGUGGGGAAGGGUGAGGGUCCUGCUUCAGUGAUUGAAAGAGUCCAUCACUUUUCCCAGAAUGGGUCAGCCUUCAGCCUCCUAUGUGGCCUGGCCAGGAGCUCUUCUGAUCCCUCCCAUCCUCCUGUGGGCCACUUGACCCAGUUGUGACUUUACAUUUGGGGAGUGUCUUGGUUGCUGCCCCUUGAGGGUUGGAAAGCUUUGGCAUGCAGUAGGCUCUGAGCAAAUGUUUGUAAGCCAAUGACAGAGUGACUCUUGGUCUAACUAUGGACCCUUUGCCCCAGGCACAUCCCUGGGCAGGAGGCUACUGGAGGGAGUGCAGGAGGUAGCCUCUGCCCAUCCUCAGACAGACCCUGUCUUCCCAGAGGAAGAAACUUUCUUCCCCGACCCCUUGGAAACAAGGUGGGGGGCUCCUGGGAAGCCUGGCCUUGCCAUAGUCCUGAGUUCACGACUCUCCCUGCUAUCCCCUUUCCCCCACCCCCUCGGGUAGCAAACAGAGGCGGCCUUGUUCCUGCUCCCAUAGAGCUGCCCUGUUCUCCUCACACUAAAAAUGGAAACCCCCAAGCUAUUUCGGGAGCAGUGCCCAGCUGGGCUGUGGCCAUGGCUCCCCUGCUCCCACCAGGCGGCCGGACCCUCCUCCGAAACUUAUGCCCAGUCCACUCACUCCGGGACAGUCUCAGCAGCACCUUGGUGGGGCCUUGGUGGGGAGGAGCCGACCCUAGCUGAGGGAAGCUCUCCCUCAGGCAGACUGGCCUCUGGGUGGUGGGAGGAGCUGGGCAACGUGGCCUGGGCAGAGGCGAGUAGGGGAAAUAUCUCCCGGCCUGGCCUGGGAGCAGCACUUCCCCAACCUGGUGCUCCUGGCUGGGGACCACCCGGGCUGGGGAAGAUGGUGUUACCAUGGUUUUCUGCUUCAGCAGGCCUUAGCUGGGGCCCACAAGGAGGGAUCUGUGAGGAGAACAGGCACCCAGGGUCUGAGGAGGUCCUGGGGAUAGACAUGGUGACUUCCUCUGGGACAACCCUCCUCCAACCCUGGGCCCUGGCUCUGCUCUGACCUGCAGGAGGAGAAAUAAUAGCAAGAGAUGCCCUGGCUUCCACACCCCUGUAGGACUUAGGGCUCAAGCAGGGAAGUGUGCACGAAUCUGUAUGCGUGGGUAUCUGAAUGUGGGUGGUGGUGUAUAUGUCUUUGCUGGGGGGUGUGACCUGCCCUUGCGCGGAAUGCCUAUUUGUACGUGUGUGUUCCUGCGUGUAAGGAGGCUGUGUCUUUGUGUGAGUGUUUAAGUGUGUGGUACGUGGGUUGUGUUCCUAUGUGUGUCUGUGCGACGUGGACACGCCAUAUCUGUAUGUAUCUGCACGUGUGCAAGUGCCCGUGUGCCUGUGUAUGGGUGUGCACCUGCAGGGCCGGCGGCAUGUCUGCUUCUUGGUGUGUGCAAGCCUGUGUCCGUGUCUGUGCCAGUGGCAGUUUGGGCUAGACAGCUCCUGGCCUGUGUGGAGGGUGUAUAGCGGGGUGCCCUAAGAGGACAGAGUUUGGGCAGAGGGUGAGAAAGAGACAGUAGCUACGAAGGGAGAAGGGGCUGCAGAGGACAGGGCCAUGCUGGGGGCCUGGCUGGGCCCCGCCUGCCAUGGGGCUCCUUCCUAGUUGCCCUUUCCCAGGCCCUGAGGGUGCCUGGUUCCACUGCCCUCCCCCUCCCUGUGUGGGCUCUGAGGAGGCGUCCCCUGUGGAAUGUGUUUGGUGGCCGAAGGCCAGGCUGGGCCCAGUUCCAUUGGCAGGCUGGGCAGCGGGAAGGGGAGCCCGGGCUCCCACAUGCCUGCAGUCCAGCCCCCAGCUUCAUGCUCUGCUAUCUCCCUGGCUAGGUGACUCCCACACAGGUCAUGCUGUUGUCUCCUGAUCCAGCCGGCCCUGCCAGGUGAGCCUGACCUCACACCUAGGCACCUGGGAGAAGUGUGACUCCUGCUUCUUAGGGCUCUCCAAGGUGGCAUCCAGUCAUUUAGGUCCCAGUCCUGGCAGCCUCAGUCUCCCUCAUCUCUUCAUUGGUUUUGUGGAUUCCUUCUGGUUUCCUGGCCUGAACAGCCCUUCAUCCAAUUCUUGCUCUGCUCUAAUGUGCAGAUGGCCCAUGGGACCUUGCCCUUCCUCUUUCCCCCCUGCAGGCAGCUGACAUCUGUGCAGAGGGGUCCUCUCCCUCCUCGGGGUUCUGGGCCCCUCCUUCCCAUCACCUGCUCUCCUGCCUCUCCAGGCCCUGGUCCCUGGGGAUGGGAUAUUUCUCACAUCUCUACCCCUCUAGCCCCUUACCCUCAGACCCUGUGGUGACACAGGGCAGUGCAGGGAGAAGCGGGGGUGGGGUAGGAUGGAGGUCUCCUGAGAGAAUAGUGCUUGCAGGAAAUGGACAGUGUUGAAGUUUCCAGGAAAGAUCUCCUGACCCCUUGCUAGUGUGCAAUCCUGGGGUCAUCCUGGACCACAGUGCUGUCUAAGCCUAGGCCUCCUCUGGUCACUCCCCCGGUUAGGAGGGGCAUCUUGGCAAUGUCAUGGGCUUACCUCCCACAGUAGCCCCUCAGCACUCCAUCUCUCUCCUUGCCAGGUGACCAUGCCUGCCCUCGGCCCAGCUCUUCUCCAGGCGCUCUGGGCUGGGUGGGUCCUCACGCUCCAGCCCCCUCCACCAGCUGCUUUCACUCCCAAUGGCACGCAUCUGCAGCAUCUGGCACGGGAUCCCACCUCAGGUACCCUCUACCUGGGGGCCACCAACUUCCUGUUCCAGCUGAGCCCUGAGCUGCAGCUGGAGGCUACGGUGCCCACUGGCCCUGUGCUAGAUAGCAGGGACUGCCUGCCACCUGUGAUGCCUGAUGAGUGCCCUCAGGCCCAGCCUACCAACAACCUGAACCAGCUGCUCCUGGUGAGCCCAGGGGCCCUAGUGGUGUGCGGGAGUGUGCACCAGGGGGUCUGUGAGCUGCGGCACCUGGGCCAACUUGAACGACUACUGCUGCGGCCUGAGCGGCCUGGGGACACCCAGUAUGUGGCCGCUAAUGACCCUGCAGUCAGCACGGUGGGACUGGUGGCCCAGGGUUUGACUGGGGAGCCUCUCCUAUUUGUGGGGCGGGGAUACACCAGCAGGGGCGUGGGGGGUGGCAUCCCUCCCAUCACAACCCGGACCUUGUGGCCACUGGACCCACAAACUGCCUUCUCCUAUGAGGAGACGGCCAAGUUGGCCGUGGGCCGCCUCUCCGAGUAUAGCCACCACUUUGUGAGCGCCUUUGCACGUGGGGCCAGUGCCUACUUCCUGUUCCUGCGGCGGGACCUGCAGGCUCAGUCUAGAGCCUUUCGUGCCUAUGUGUCCCGAGUGUGCCUCCGGGACCAGCACUACUAUUCCUAUGUGGAGUUGCCUCUGGCCUGCCAGGGUAGCCGCUAUGGGCUGAUCCAGGCUGCAGCUGUGGCCACAUCCCUGGAGGUGACCCAGGGGGAGGUACUCUUUGCUGCCUUCUCCUCGGCCGCUCCCCCCACUGUGGGCCGGCCUCCGUCAGCAGCUGCUGGAGCAUCUGGAGCCUCUGCCCUCUGCGCCUUCCCCCUGGACGAGGUGGACCGCCUUGCUAACCGCACGCGAGAUGCCUGCUACACUAGGGAGGGCCGCGCCACGGAUGGGGUGGAGGUGGCCUACAUCGAGUAUGACGUCAAUUCUGACUGUGCACAGUUGCCUGUGGAUACCCUGGAUGCUUAUCCCUGUGGCUCAGACCACACGCCCAGCCCCAUGGCCAGCCGUGUCCCCCUGGAAGCCACGCCCGUUCUGGAGUGGCCAGGGAUUCAGCUAACAGCUGUGGCAGUCACCAUGGAGGAUGGACACACCAUUGCUUUCCUGGGUGACAGUCAAGGACACCUACACAGGAACAUCCAGCAGGGGUCUGCGGUGAGCAGAGACCUCACCUUUGAUGGGGCCUUCGAGCACCUGUAUGUCAUGACCCAGAGCACACUUCUCAAGGUUCCUGUGGCUUCUUGUGCUCAGCACCCGGACUGUGCCUCUUGUCUCGCUCACAAGGACCCGUACUGUGGGUGGUGUGUGCUCCUUGGCAGGUGCAAUCGCCAUUCCGAGUGCUCACGGGGACAGGGCCUAGAGCGGUGGCUGUGGAGCUUCCAGCCUGAGCUGGGCUGUCUGCAAGUGGCAGCUAUGAGUCCUGCCAACAUCAGCCGAGAGGAGCGGAGGGAGGUUUUCCUGUCAGUGCCUGACCUGCCACCCCUGUGGCCAGGGGAGACGUAUUCCUGCCAGUUUGGGGAUCACCAGACUCCUGCCCUGCUGACCAGUUCUGGUGUGAUGUGCCCUUCCCCGGACCCUAGCGAGGCCCCAGCACUGCCAAGAGGAGCCGACCACGUGUCAGUGAGCGUGGAGCUCAGGUUUGGCGCUGUGGUGAUUGCCAAAGCUUCACUCUCCAUCUAUGACUGUGCAGCAGUCUCUGAGCUCCGCCCGUCUGCACAGUGCCAGGCCUGCGUGAGCAGCCGCUGGGGGUGUAACUGGUGUGUCUGGCAGCAGCUGUGCACGCACAAGGCCUCAUGUGAUGCUGGGCCCAUGGUGGUUAGUCAGCAGAGCCCGCUUCUCUCCCCAGCCCCUCCCGCAAGAGAUGUACCCACCCCCUUCCCACCUGAAGCCCCCCAGACCCCAGUCACCCCUGCUCCUGACACCCUUCCCAUGGAGCCUGGUGCCCCCUCCACAGCCUCGGAUGUCCCACCUGGGGAUCGCCCUUCCCUGCUCAGCCCCUGGGGGCCGGGGGCGGGUCCUGGCCCCAUACCUGCCUCAGUCUCCACAGAGUCACCUCUCCAUGAGGAACCUCCCCCUCCCGACCCCCCCAACAGACGUGGAACCGCUGUCCCCGCCCCCACUGACUUCGGACCCACGGCCACACCCGAGGACCUCUUGGCCUCCCACCCACCGCCCUCAGAUGCAGCGGCACUGCCCCCUGCCCCUGCAGACCCCGGCCCCGAGGCCGACCCCUCCGUGGCACUCUUGGACCAGCCCCCCGGCACUGCUCCCGCCACCACUUUCCCAGGGGCCGCUGGCUCCACGAAGCCCGCUCUGGACUGGCUCAUGAGAGAAGGCGGAGAGCUGCCUGAGGCGGACGAGUGGACGGGGGGUGACACACCCGCCUUCUCCACUUCCACCCUCCUCUCAGGUGAUGGAGACUCGGCUGAGCACGAGGGCCCUCCCGCCCCCCUCAUCCUCCUGUCCAGCCUGGACUACCAAUACGACACCCCCGGGCUCUGGGAGCUGGAGGAGGUGAACUGGGGGGCAAGCUCCUGCCCUUGUGUCGAGAGUGUUCAGGGCUCCACGCUGAUGCCAGUCCACGUGGAGCGAGAAGUCCGGCUGCUGGGCAGGAACCUGCGCCUCUUCCAGGACAGCCCAGGAGACCAUGAGUGUGUGAUGGAGCUGGAGGGCCAUGAAGUGGUAGUUGAGGCCCGGGUCGAGUGCGAGCCACCUCCAGAGACUCAAUGCCACAUUACGUGCCGGCAGAACCAGCUCAGCUAUGAGGCUCUGCAGCCAGAGCUCCGUGUGGGGCUGUUUCUGCGUCGGGCUGGCCGUCUGCGUGUGGACAGUGCUGAUGGGUUGCAUGUGGUGCUGUAUGACUGCUCCGUGGGACACGGGGACUGUAGCCGCUGCCAAACUGCCAUGCCCCAAUAUGGCUGUGUGUGGUGCAAGGGAGAGCAUCCACGUUGUGUGGCCCAGGAGGCUUGUGGCGAGACUGAAGCUGUGGCCACGCAGUGCCCCGCACCCCUCAUCUACUCGGUGGAGCCGCUGACUGGGCCUGUAGACGGAGGCACCCGUGUUACCAUCAGGGGCUCCAACCUGGGUCAACAUGUGCAGGACGUACAGGACACAGUCAGGGUGGCUGGAGUACCCUGUGCUGUGGAUGCUCAGGAGUACGAGGUCUCCAGUAGCUUCGUGUGUAUCACUGAGGCCAGUGGGGAGGAGGUGGCUGGCGCUGUGACGGUGGAGGUGCCAGGAAGAGGACACGGUGUCUCAGAGCACGACUUUGCCUACCAGGACCCGAAGGUGCAUUCCGUCUUCCCAACCCGAGGCCCCAGAGCGGGGGGUACCCGCCUUACCCUGCAUGGCUCCAAGCUCCUGACUGGGCAGCUGGAGGACAUCCGAGUAGUAGUUGGAGACCAGCCUUGCCACCUGCUGCUGGAGCAGCAGGCGGAGCAGCUGCAGUGUGAGACCAGCCCCCACCCCACGCCUGCCACGCUCCCUGUGGCUGUGUGGUUUGGGGCCGCUGAGCGGAGGCUUCAACACAGCCAGUUUGAGUACACAUCAGACCCCAACGUCACCUCUGCCAGCCCCACCAAGAGCUUCCUCAGUGGAGGACGGAAGAUAUGGGUCCGUGGCCAGAAUUUGGAUGUGGUACAGACACCAAGAAUCCGAGUGACUGUGGCUCCGAGAGCACCGCAGCCCGGCCAGGGGCUUGGGCGGAGACGCCGCGUGAUCCCAGAAACAGCGUGCUCCCCUGGAGCUUCCUGUGGUGGCCAUCGUUUUGAGGAGCCGUGCCACGUGAACUCCUCUCAGCUCAUCACGUGCCACACGCCUGCCCUCCCAGGCCUGCCUGAGGACCCCUGGGUCCGGGUGGAAUUCAUCCUUGACAACCUGGUCUUUGACUUCGCGACACUGAACCCCACACCCUUCUCCUAUGAGGCCGACCCCACUCUGCAGCCCCUCAACCCCGAGGACCCCACUGCACCAUUCCGGCACAAGCCUGGGAGUGUGCUGUCUGUGGAGGGGGAGAAUCUGGACCUUGCAAUGUCCAAGGAGGAGGUGGUGGCCAUGAUAGGGGACGGCCCCUGCGUGGUGAAGACACUGACCCGUCACCACCUGUACUGCGAGCCCCCCCUGGAGCAGCCUCUGCCCCAGCACCACGCCCUCCGGGAGGCGCCCGAUGCUUUGCCUGAGUUCACGGUGCAGAUGGGGAACCUGCGCUUCUCCCUGGGCCACGUGCAGUACGAUGGCGAGAGCCCCGUGGCUUUUCCCAUGGCAGCCCAGGUGGGCUUGGGGGUGGGCACCUCUCUUCUGGCUCUGGGCGUCAUCAUCAUUGUCCUCAUAUACAGGAGGAAGAGCAAGCAGGCCCUGAGGGACUAUAAGAAGGUCCAGAUCCAGCUGGAGAAUCUGGAGAGCAGCGUGCGGGACCGCUGCAAGAAGGAGUUCACGGACCUCAUGACUGAGAUGACUGAUCUCACCAGUGACCUUCUGGGCAGUGGCAUCCCCUUCCUCGACUAUAAGGUGUAUGCCGAGAGGGUCUUCUUCCCUGGGCACCAGGAGUCGCCCUUGCACCGGGACCUGGGUGUACCGGAGAGCAGGCGACCCACCGUGGAACAAGGGCUGGGGCAGCUCUCCAACCUGCUCAACAGCAAGCUCUUCCUCACCAAGUUCAUCCACACCCUGGAGAGCCAGCGCACCUUCUCAGCUCGGGACCGCGCCUACGUGGCAUCUCUGCUCACGGUGGCGCUGCACGGGAAGCUCGAGUACUUCACCGACAUCCUCCGAACCCUGCUCAGUGACCUGGUGGCCCAGUACGUGGCCAAGAACCCCAAGCUGAUGCUGCGCAGGACAGAGACCGUGGUGGAGAAGUUGCUCACCAACUGGAUGUCCAUCUGCCUGUACACCUUCGUGAGGGACUCAGUAGGGGAGCCGCUGUACAUGCUCUUCCGUGGAAUUAAACAUCAAGUGGACAAGGGGCCAGUGGAUAGCGUGACUGGCAAAGCCAAAUACACCCUGAAUGACAACCGCCUUCUCAGAGAGGACGUGGAGUACCGUCCCCUGACCUUGAAUGCACUGUUGGCUGUGGGGCCCGGCGCAGGAGAGGCCCAGGGUGUGCCCGUGAAGGUCCUGGACUGCGAUACCAUCUCCCAGGCCAAAGAGAAGAUGUUGGACCAGCUUUAUAAAGGAGUACCUCUCGCCCAGCGGCCAGACCCCCGUACCCUGGAUGUUGAGUGGCGGUCUGGGGUGGCUGGGCAUCUCAUUCUUUCUGACGAGGACGUGACUUCUGAGGUCCAGGGCCUGUGGAGGCGCCUGAACACCCUGCAGCAUUACAAGGUCCCAGAUGGAGCAACUGUGGCCCUGGUCCCCUGCCUCACCAAGCACGUUCUCCGGGAAAACCAGGAUUAUGUCCCUGGAGAGAGGACCCCAAUGCUGGAGGAUGUGGACGAGGGGGGCAUCCGGCCCUGGCACCUAGUGAAGCCAAGUGAGGAGCCGGAGCCUCCCAGGCCUCGGAGGGGCAGCCUUCGGGGCGGGGAGCGCGAGCGAGCCAAGGCCAUCCCUGAGAUCUACCUGACCCGCCUGUUGUCCAUGAAGGGCACACUGCAAAAGUUUGUAGACGACCUCUUCCAGGUGAUUCUCAGCACCAGCCGCCCCGUGCCGCUUGCUAUCAAGUACUUCUUCGACCUGCUGGAUGAGCAGGCCCAGCAGCACGGCAUCUCCGACCAGGACACCGUCCAUAUCUGGAAGACCAACAGCCUGCCGCUAAGGUUCUGGAUCAAUAUAAUAAAAAACCCGCAGUUUGUGUUCGACGUGCAGACAUCUGAUAACAUGGAUGCAGUGCUCUUGGUCAUUGCUCAGACGUUCAUGGAUGCCUGCACCCUGGCCGACCACAAGCUGGGCCGGGACUCCCCCAUCAACAAACUUCUAUAUGCUCGAGAUAUUCCCCGUUACAAACGGAUGGUGGAAAGGUACUACGCAGACAUCAGGCAGACCGUCCCCGCCAGUGACCAAGAGAUGAACUCCAUCCUGGCUGAGCUGUCUCGGAACUACUCUGGGGACCUUGGGGCACGAGUGGCCCUGCAUGAACUCUACAAGUAUAUCAACAAGUACUAUGACCAGAUCAUCACUGCCCUGGAGGAGGAUGGCACGGCUCAGAAGAUGCAGCUGGGCUACCGGCUCCAGCAGAUCGCAGCCGCUGUGGAGAACAAGGUCACGGACCUGUAGGGAACUGGCCAGCCCUGGCCUGUCAUUGCCUCAGCCCUGCCCGGACAGCCCUGGAACCGUGAGGGAGAAGCUGCCUUCUUAGAUGCCUGUAGUACCUGACGAGCAGAGUUAGUGGAAGGUGGCCCCCGGGCUCCUGGGGCCUCUGGCCUGGGCCCUGCUGGACCUACCUCGCAGGCCUGGGGCUGUGAGGCUGAUGAGGUGGUGCCCAGCCUGCUCCCCGAGCCCAGUGACCCUGUGGGCUCUUUUCUGUGUGACGUCGGUCUGUGGGGAGUCAGGGACUCAGGGCUUCCAGAGAGUGGCUGGAAGGCCUCCAGCCUCUGGAGAAACUGUACUGUUCCUGAACACUGGUCUUUGUCCCACCGGGAUUCUGAGGGGAAGGAGGAGAGCCCCACUUCCUGUCCUUUCCUCCUCCAUCAUCCCUGACCUCAGUUUAGCUGCCUCCAGCCUUUUGCUGCUGCCACGUUCCUAGGUCCGAGAGAUGAAUGCCUUUCCUAGGCCACUACAAACUGACCCCUUGUCAGGGCUGGCUGCCUCAGGGCCACCCUGCCUCAGAGGCAGCGAGUGGGGAGGGGCACUUGCUGCAGGGACCUGGGGGAGACCGGUGGCCCCACUGACCCAGCUCUUAAUUAAAGGAUAACACACUG